UGGCGCAGUCAGUCGGGCCCGUCGUUCUCGUAGUAGCGCUCGCAGCGUACACAUAAAUGCACAGUAGAAAGUGCCACCAACAAUUAACCUCUUAAUUAAAAGCCCUCGUAAAAAAUUCGCCAGUGCUAGUGUUAGGUACCGCCGUCCGCCAUGUUUGACGUCUUCGGCUCCGUCAAGGGGCUCCUCAAGAUCGAUGUGGUGUGCAUCGACAACAACGUCUUCCGUCUGCACUACAAAGCCACCGUCAUCAUCCUCAUAGCCUUCUCGCUCCUGGUGACGAGUCGCCAGUACAUCGGCGACCCCAUCGACUGCAUCGUGGACGAGAUCCCCCUGAACGUGAUGGACACCUACUGCUGGAUCUACUCCACUUUCACCAUCCCCAACCGACUCACCGGGCGCGUGGGCCUGGACAUCGUCCAGCCCGGCGUCGCCAGCCACCUGGACGGCACCGACGAGGUCAAGUACCACAAGUACUACCAGUGGGUCUGCUUCGCCCUCUUCUUCCAAGCCAUGCUGUUCUACGUGCCGCGGUACCUCUGGAAGACGUGGGAAGGCGGGCGCAUCAAGAUGCUGGUCCUGGACCUGAACUACCCCAUCGUCAGCGAGGACUGCAAGACGGACAGGAAGCGCCUCCUCGUCGACUACUUCAUCACCAACUUGCACAUGCAGAACUUCUACGCCUUCCGGUUCUUCAUCUGCGAGGUGCUCAACUUCGUCAACGUGGUGGGGCAGAUCUUCUUCAUGGACUACUUCCUCGACGGGGAGUUCAGCACCUACGGACGCGACGUCCUCAGCUUCACCGAGAUGGAGCCGGAGGAGCGCGAGGACCCGAUGUCCCGGGUCUUCCCCAAAGUCACCAAGUGCACGUUCCACAAGUACGGCCCUUCGGGUUCCGUCCAGAAGUUCGACGGGUUGUGCGUCCUCCCCCUCAACAUCGUCAACGAGAAGAUCUACGUCUUCCUCUGGUUCUGGUUCGUGUUCCUCAGCGUGCUGUCGGGCCUGUCCUUGAUCUACCGGCUGGUGGUCAUCUUCAUGCCCAAAGUCAGGCUGUACUUGCUGAGGGGCAAAUGCAAGAUCGCGCCGCAGAAGGAGGUGGAGAUCAUCAACACGCGGUGCGAGAUCGGGGAUUGGUACGUCCUGUACCAGAUGGGCAAGAACAUCGACCCGCUGAUCUUCCGGGAGAUCAUUUCGGACCUCUCGAAGAAGCUCGAGGGGAAAGAGACUGUCUAAGUGCCUUACGAACAGUUGUUUUUGAUGACCGAUUUACCUGCUGCACAAGGUGACUCACGACAUUCCUGUGAUGACAGAAAAAGACUGUGCGACGGCCGAAAAGGCUGUGAUAUUAUCAUUUCUUCGCUUUUAAGCUCAAGCAUUCCCGAUACUCUUCUCAACAAACAAGCCGGAGACGUUUUCGCUGGCUGUGCCGGAUUUCUGAUGCAAGUGCAGCGGGCGAAAUCGCAUUCUCUGUGAUAAAUCUCUAUUGCUCGGUUUUAUAUCACUUAGCGUGUAAUUAUUAAUUAAUCGAAUAAUUUAAAUCGUAUGUGAUUUAGGAUUAGGUUUAGCUUCCAUACAUGUGUGAACAGUUCCAGCGAAAAUUAUCAUGUGUUCAAAUUAUUGUAUAAAUACACCGAGAGUGCCUAAUUUUUUAUUUGUAUGGAAUUGACGAAAUAAAUUAGCUAUUUUAAAUUACAA